AUGUCACAAGUGCCAAUUACCGCAGAACCCGCCGUAUUGGAGUCCAUUUCUGUUGUUGAUGGCACCGAAGUGAAUGAAGCACCUAACUGUGUUUCUUUACUAACUGAAGAGGUUGCACCAGUAAAUAAAGUACCUCAAAACAUCAAUUCCGAGGAGAUGAUUGCGGUAGUUCCUCCAUCGCCAGUUUCUGAAGAAAAAGAGGGCACGUCGGAUGAAUCAAAACCUCCGUUUGAGAAAAUUAUGGAGGAAGAGAGGGAGGAAGUUGUUGCAGUUGUGAAUAAAGCAGUGACCCCUUCAACAAUUGUGAAUGAGGAUGAAGAGGGAAAAGCGGAUGUCCAGCAACCUCCAGCCACGGAUGAAGUGGAGACAAUGACAACAACAGAAGCAGAGGAAAUAUCACAGGCACAAAUAGCGGACGCUGAAACGCCUAAAGCUUCUGCUCAAGGAAAAGUGGAGGUAGCGACUUCAAAGGAAGCAGAGACCGAUGCUGAUUCGAAAGUUUAUGAGGACAUUAUUGGUGAGGAAACGAUAGCAACAACUGUGGAUGACGAAACUUCUUUCAACUGCCGCAAGCGCAGCCGCUCAGAGAGUGGUGCUGGUGAGUUAUUGCUUGAUUCCGCCAAUUACAACGGUGUAAGUGGGGCUGCUGUGCAGAAAUCUGACACGGAGGUAAACCUGAAAGAGAUGGACUACGCAGGCGCAAGUACGACGGAAAGUGAACCCGUUAAGCAAAUGCUGUCUAGCGUUGAAUAA